AUGGACAGCUCACUCUCUAGUCUGAUAAUAGUACUGGCACUGAUAGCCCACCUUGUGGCCGUCUAUUUGGGCUAUCGAUUCCACCUGUGGAUGCUCGACAAGCACACGCAGGAAGAACCAUUCAAUUUCGGUACAUGGUGGAACCAGCAAACAAAUGCCACCUUCAAGAGUAAAACCCCCGAAAAGAACAAUAUUGCAUCAUGUGGUGAAGGAACUGUAGACCCCGAAAACCUAUCCAAUUCACAAGUGGCCUUCCUUCAAACUCUGUCGAUUUGGUUGUUGGUGGUCGGAAUGGUGGCACGGUGGAGGUUCGAAAUUGUGCUCCUCGUCUUGGCGGGAGUAAUCCUUCUGGCGAGACAGUAUCCCGGUGGCAUGGUUCCCGACUCGCACAUUUACAUUGCCAUCUUUGGAUACAUUGCAUGGCUGGCCAUUUUGACAACGACCUUGUCAUUGCUCUUGUGGCCAAUCCAUGCAUACCACUGGGACGCCAGCCAUGGCUACUUCUAUCGAACCGUCUCCAUUGGAGGGGCCAUUUCGUUUUCUGCAGCUGCGGCAUUGGCACUCAUUGCCUUUUGUCUGCAUAAACCCCAAGUAGCGCAGGACACGGGCAACUGCAUGGAAUCCACAUUCCAUGCCAUGACAUAA